UAGUAAUUAAGACUUCAGAAUUAGGAAGUAGAUGGAUACUUGGUUGGAGAGGAAUAAGAGAAAUCUUUGUAGAUUUUGAAGACAAUGUUGGAUAGCAUUAAAUUCUUGGUUAUUUGAGACAAGAUUCAAGUGUUUGGUUCUUCGAUUGUGUGUAUGAGAUUGAGUGUUUUGUUUGGUUCUCCCAUGUUAUGUUUGUUUGUGUUUCUUUUCCCUUUCUCAUAUUUCCUCCUUGCAUGGCCGCUAGCCAAUUCAGAUUAUUUCUUCAGUUUGGUUUAAUAAAAUAAGUUAUUGUUUUUCUGAGUGUAUGGUUUUUUGGUUCCUUGGGUUACUUUGUGAGAGUUGUGAUUUAUUUCUUUACUUAUUUUGAAAAGGAGAGACUUGUUAUUCUACGCUCUUUUAAUUGUUAUCUUCAUUUUGAUGACCAUGUUAGUUUUCUUUCAUACUGAAGAAAAUUAUAAUGCCAAUAUAUCCAGAUAAAUAAAAGGCAUGUUGCCGAUUUUCAGUGUUCCUGUAUCUUUACUAUUGUAGUAUGGGAGUUAUCUAUCUAAGACUGUGAUUAUGUCUUCGCGGUAUAUUGUAUUACUCAAUGCCCAGAUAAGUAUUUGCUGAUGGUUAAAUUAAUAAUACUGAUUUAUUGCAGAUGGUAAGAAUGUUGGAUAUACUAGCAGAAUAUAUGUCACAUAGAGGGUUUCAAUUUCAAAGGCUAGAUGGCAGCACUAAGGCUGAACUGCGUCAGCAAGCAAUGGAUCAUUUUAAUGCACCUGGUAGUGAUGAUUUCUGCUUCCUUCUUUCAACUCGGGCAGGUGGCCUAGGUAUCAACCUUGCAACAACAGAUACAGUUAUCAUAUUUGAUUCGGACUGGAACCCUCAAAAUGACCUACAGGCAAUGAGUAGAGCUCAUAGAAUCGGCCAACAAGAAGUUGUGAACAUCUACAGAUUUGUCACAAGAAAAAGUGUUGAGGAAGAUAUCUCGAAGCGAGCUAAGAAAAAGAUGGUUCUUGACCACCUGGUGAUCCAGAAAUUGAAUGCAGAAGGCAGAUUGGAGAAGAAAGAAGCAAAGAGGGGGAGUUAUUUUGACAAGAUUAUCAGUGGGUGA